AUGUAUAUUAAGGCAUCGUCACGGUCGCGAUUGACCACUUCGCUUUUUUCUGUGACAUUUGUCAUUGCUGUUAUGACAGUGGCUUCCCCUCAAUUGCUGCCAUGUCCCGCUCGACCAGGUUCCGUGGGCUCUGAAUCAGCCAAGAAGAAGAAGAACCUGGCUGCUUCAACUGAAGAUCGAAAUGAGCAAUGGAAAUCAAAAGACGUUGUUGUUAUUAGGUAA